AUGGACGCCAAAGAGAUCGAACUCAAGACCAAGGCGUUGGCCAAGGCCGCGACGCAGAAUGACUCCGCGUCAACCAUCACGUCGAUACUCAAGGAACUACAGCAAGGCGUGAAAGCAACGGAGGAUCUCCUACGAUCGACCCGGGUUGGAAUUGUGGUCAACAAAUUCAAGCAACACAAGGCACCCGACGUGGCCCGGUUAGCGAGCGAGAUCGUCUCCAAAUGGCGAACUGAAGUGAACAAGCAAAAGGCCGCCGGAUCACCAGCCAAGGAACGCUCGAGCAGCUCGCCACGCCCCGGUGCCGCUGCAGCCGCUGCAGGCUCCAACGGCAGCGCAUCACCCGCCAGUGCGACUCCCACAGAUAAGGCCUCGAAGUUGUCCGUGCCCCCAGACAAGCGCACCUGGAAGGCCGACGGUGUCGACGUCAACCAAACCUCCAACAGAAUUCGCGACAGCUGCAUUGGACUUAUGUACGACGGCCUUUGCCUCAACUCCACCGAGCCGCCGCGCCUUGUCCUCCAAAAGGCCUCCGCCGUCGAAGCAUCCGCCUACAACUCCCUCGGCCCCGAGACUAAAGAACAAUACCGUACGAAGAUCCGCAGUCUUUACCAGAACCUCAAGAACAAAUCCAACCCGACUCUGCGAAUCCGCGUGCUCAACGGCGACGUUACGCCCGACCAGUUCGUCACCAUGUCGCACGAAGAGCUGCGGUCUGCAGAGCAGCGCGAGAAGGACGCGAGGAUUCAAAAGGAGAACAUGGACAAGGCAAUGGUGGCGCAGGCGGAGCGCAGUAUCAGUACCUCUUUGCAGUGUGGAAAGUGUGGGCAGCGCAAGGUUACUUAUACCGAGGCACAGACGCGGAGUGCAGAUGAACCGAUGACGCUGUUUUGUACAUGUAUGAAUUGCGGGAAGUCGUGGAAGCAGUAG